UUUAUUCAACCUUGGACAGUCAUUCUGCCGACAGAGAAAAUCGGUGUGUAUCCUUGUGAAUUCAGUACGUGGGUCGGGCUGCGAUCAGUCAGCAUUCUUCAGUUGUUCCUUCGGUUUGUCAACCUCGCGACGAGACACCAGCGUAAAACAAAAAGCGACGAUGUCAUUCCACAAGUUAAGCAUCGAUCAAGUUGAUUUAGCCGGCAAGAGAGUGCUGAUGCGAGUCGACUUCAAUGUGCCGAUGAAAGAUGGGAAAAUUACCAACAAGCAGCGAAUCGUCGCUGCUGUCGACUCGGUCAAGUACGCUUUGGAGAAGAAUGCCAAGUCCGUUGUAAUGAUGUGCCAUUUGGGGCGACCGGAUGGCACAAGGAACAUGAAAUACACCCUGGCACCCGUUGUCCCUGAGCUCAAGGCUCUGCUAGGCAAAGACAUCACCUUCUUGGACGACUGUGUCGGUCCCGAGGUUGAAAAGGUCUGUGCCGAUCCAGCGCCAGGAUCUUUGAUUUUGCUGGAGAACUUGAGAUUCCACAUCGAGGAAGAGGGCAAGGGUGUUGGGCCUGACGGGACCAAGAUCAAGGCUGACAAAGAGAAAGUUGCGGCGUUUAGAGCAUCCCUGCGAAAACUUGGAGACGUUUACGUUAACGAUGCUUUUGGAACGGCUCAUCGUGCUCAUAGUUCGAUGCUAGGCGAGGGCUUUGACGUUAGAGCCAGUGGUUUCACAUUGAAGAAGGAAUUGCAGUACUUUGCUAAAGCACUGGAUAACCCGGAUAAACCGCUGCUGGCCAUACUUGGGGGAGCCAAAGUAGCGGAUAAAAUUCAAUUGAUCAAUAACCUGCUGGACAAGGUUGACGAAAUGGUCAUUGGUGGUGGAAUGGCAUUCACAUUUUUGAAAGUCACCAAAAACAUGAAGAUUGGCGCUUCUCUCUUUGACGAAGAAGGUGCGAAAAUCGUUAACGACCUUCUUGAAAAAGCGAAAAAAAAUAAUGUACAAGUACAUUUACCUGUGGAUUUCCUGACGGGUGAUAAAUUUGCUGAAAACGCAACCGUCGGAACUGCUGAUGUCGAAACAGGCAUUGCUGAUGGCCUUUUGGGUCUCGAUAUUGGUCCUAAAUCGCAGGCUAUAUUUGCUGAACCUCUGAAGCGAGCAAAGGUAAUCGUGUGGAACGGUCCUGCAGGAGUCUUCGAGUUUGAAAACUUCAGUAAAGGUACAAAGAGUCUGAUGGACGGUGUAGUUGCUGCAACACAGCGUGGAGCAAUCACAAUAAUCGGCGGUGGUGAUACAGCUACUUGCGCAGCAAAAUGGCAAACAGAAGAUAAAGUUAGCCACGUCAGUACUGGCGGUGGCGCCAGCUUGGAGCUUCUGGAAGGCAAAGUCUUGCCAGGAGUUGCGGCUCUUUCUGAUGCCCCAUAAAUGAGAAAAAAAGGUUCCUGUACGUUUCACAAACUCUUGACUUCUCGGAGCAGAUGAGCACUGUUUAAACCACUAUGUGUAUCAAGAAUAUCAUUUCCUGAAACGUGACAUUAAGAUUUAGUUGUACGUAAUCUCUUUAGAUGUCACGUUUUAUCUCUGUAAGAAUAUUGUACCAAAAUGUAUCAUGUUGUUAUUUAAUAAAAGUUAUCAAUUCUAAUU